AAAUCCUUGAUAAUCUUGUGAGCAAUUGCUUUCUUCUCUUUUUGUUUCAUACGUUUAUUCCAUAACAAGAUUUGAGUACCAUUCCUUGAAAGCUAGAACGAAAUGGCUAGCCCAACACAGAACUCAGACCUAACGUUUCCACAAGCAGAUGUUGUUGGGGACCUGAAUCCUGGGGGAAACACUCAGGUUCAAGUUGAUCCUAUAUCCUCUGAGGUGGCUGUCUCCAAGGAAUUGAAGGAACAAGCUGAGAUCAAACAAAAGAAAAAGGAAGCAGAAAAGAAGGACACCUUGCAAACGUUAAAAUCAGCCAUUAUAAUUUCAGGCAUAGUUGUAGCUGUUGCAGGAGCUGCCUUUGCCAUAACCAAGAAAUUAAGGGAGAAAUAACCUCACCCUCAAGAGAUAUAGAAUAUUUAUAGAGAUUGUCGAUGUUGAUUUUAUUACCAGGUCUAUUUUUCAGUUUUUUGUUUUGUUAAUUAAUUCCCACACUUCUAGUUUUGGAUUCUCAAAUAAGUCCUCAGCACCUGCAAUACUAUAUUCAUGUCAUGAAAUGGUAUCAUAUAGGCAUUUCAUGAUGUGCCCUCAUGCUUGAUAUCUGAGUGCAAGUUAUAGAAGUUUAUUUUCUUUUUAUGCUUUUGCUGUGAACCAAAAAUUAGAUUCAUUUUCCCUUUUCAAUGAGCAUCUCAGGUGUUAGGGAGAGACUUUUUCUCUCUUCUUCCUACCACAUACAAAAUAAAUGUCCCUAAAUGUAGGUGUCAGAAUUUGAAAUGUGAAAAGUCAUUUUUAUUGAGAGUUUUGAUUAAGUGAUUCUACCACAUGAGGUAGACUAUCACAUUUCCAAACUCAACUCCGGUGUGGAAAAUAAGAAACAUCCAUGCUAAUUAACAUACAUUUCAUUCUUGCAUACAACUAAUAUUUAUCAAAAUC